AAUUGACGAGUGACUCACAACUCUUUUAAAUCAUAUCUCAAUUGCUGGCCUUAACUAGUUCAACUAGUCCUCCUCUCAGCCCAUCUCAUCACUCCAGGCCUUUCUUCUCCCAUCCCUCUGUACAGCCUUUCUUCUCUGUUCAUUCCCCGCUGCGGUAUCCCCCACCGACCGGGUUCACAACCACGCCAUGCCUAUGCUCAAAGAUCCCUCUAAGAAAUACAGGCCAUUCAAGCCUCUGAGCCUGCCGGACCGCCAAUGGCCCAAUAAGGUUAUCGACAAACCUCCGCGGUGGCUGGCCACUGAUCUGCGAGAUGGUAACCAAAGUCUGCCUGACCCUAUGGAUGGCGAACAAAAACUCCGCUUCUUCAAGAUGCUUGUCGAGAUUGGCUACAAGGAAAUCGAAGUGUCGUUCCCGUCUGCCUCCCAGAUCGACUUUGACUUCACCCGCAGCCUCGUUGAGACACCCGGUCUGACUCCCGACGACGUUUGGCUCCAAGUGCUCUCUCCUUGCCGUGAGGACCUGAUCCGCCGCACAGUAGACUCCCUCAAGGGGGCGAAGAAGGCGAUUCUGCACAUCUACCUGGCGACGAGUCCGUGCUUCCGACGGAUCGUGUUCAACAUGGACAAGCAGCAGAGUCUGGAGAUGGCUGUCCGCUGCACAAAGUACGCCCGCUCCAUCACGAAAGACGAUCCUUCCACAGCAGGCACCGAAUGGCAGCUUGAGUUCUCCCCCGAGACCUUCUCAGAUACCGAGCCUGAAUUCGCCGCGGAGGUCUGCGAGGCCGUCAAGGCCGCGUGGGAGCCCACUGCAGAGCGCCCUAUCAUUUUCAACCUUCCCGCCACAGUCGAGAUGACCACGCCUAAUGUUUUCGCCGAUCAGAUUGAAUACUUCUGCCGCAAUGUCUCGGAGCGGGAAAAGUACGUCGUAUCUGUCCAUCCCCACAAUGACCGAGGCUGCGCCAUUGCCGCCGCCGAAUUGGCCCAGAUGGCUGGUGCCCAGCGAGUUGAAGGUACCCUGUUUGGCAACGGUGAGCGGACGGGUAACGUCGAUCUCGUCACUCUCGCCCUGAACCUUUACACGCAAGGUAUCUCGCCCAAGGUCGACUUUUCAGACAUCAAUGCCGUUAUAAAGGUUGUGGAAGAGAGCAACAAGAUCCCCGUCAACGAGCGAUGGCCGUAUGGUGGUCAGCUGGUCGUCUGCGCGUUUAGCGGUAGUCACCAAGAUGCCAUCAAGAAGGGAUUCAAGCUCCGCGAAGACGCCGGCGCAUCCGACGACAUCAGGUGGGAAAUUCCCUACCUUCCUCUGGAUCCUCAGGAUAUCGGACGAACCUACGAGGCGGUUAUCCGCGUCAACUCACAGAGCGGCAAGGGUGGUGCUGCCUGGGUCAUUCUGCGCACUCUGGAGCUGGAUCUCCCGCGCGCACUCCAGGUCGAGUUCAGCAAGAUUGUGCAAAAGCGUACGGAAGAAGCCAACCGCGAGCUGCGGCCCGCCGAGAUUGUCGCCCUCUUCGAGGACGCGUACCACCUCAAGACCAACCCCCGUUUCAAUCUGGUCGACUACAACAUCACCACAGACCGCUCGCAGUCUCCCGCUCCUCCAGAGCCCGGCAAGGCGCUCAACACAAAGAACCUCAAGCGUCGCUUCACUGGUAUCAUUGAGAUUGAUGGCCUUCAACACGCGAUCACCGGCGUCGGAAACGGUGCCCUUUCCUCCCUCGCCAAUGCCCUCGCAACCCUGGGUAUCGAUCUCGAUGUCAUCGACUACAAGGAGCACUCUAUCGGUCAGGGGGCCGGUAAGGGUCGUGAUGUCAAGGCUGCGACAUACAUUCACUGCAGUGCUGCUGGUAGCCAGCAGAAAGUAUGGGGUGUCGGUAUCCACCAGGAUGUUGUCCAAGCCAGUUUGAUUGCCCUUCUGAGCGCUGCAAGCUCUUUCCUCACAAGCCGAGCUGGUUCCCCUGCUCCCUUCCGCCCUAUCCGAUCCAACACACUUACCGACGAAGAUCUCCAAGCGCUGGAGCAGCUCGCCAGCUCUAAUGGCGCCGGGGUGACCGUGGCCAACGUCUCCGAGGGCCAGUCCGACUCCAAACCCACAGUCGACCUGGAAGCCUUAACGAAAAAGGCGGCCAGUCAGUAA